GAAACGUCUUAACUAGGACGACCAAUGACGGUCAACUUGUCACGAUCUCCUUGUUCGGUUGAGAAGGCCUCCUGGCAAUCCAGACAUUAACUGAGCAGACAAAAUGUUUCAGACUUUACCCAGCGCUGCUAUCCUGUUGGUACUCUGUGUUUUCAGGUCAAACGCAUUUCUGGGCGACACGAUAGAAGAGAGUAAAUGGGCAAAACAUGUGUUUCACUUGGUUGACACAGACGGGAACGGAACUCUGACGCUGGCUGAGGUGCAACUCAUUUACACCCGGUUUGACCUUAAUGGUGAUGGCCAGGUGACCGCAGGAGAGUUUAUCAAGCACUGGCUGGAGGAUGAUGUCGGUGACACCGCUAGCGGUUACCGGAUGUUCCAAAACGUCGACACUGACAAAAACGGAUUCUUUUCUCAGGACCCCGAUCUGACCAGAACCUUCCACCAUUUCGACACAGACGGCGACGGUUUCGUGAGCACAUUGGAGUUUGUAUUGACCUGGACGAAAAUGUCUCUCUGAAAAACGAUCUUACCAGUUGUGUAAAAUAUCCUAAAUAAAAAACUUUAACCCUUGCCUC